UCCGCCUCCUUUGAGUGUGUAAAUGGUCACAUGUUUCCCCUCCCCAGUCCGGACACCAGCACUAGCAGAAGCAGCAGCAGCCGACAUGUGUUAUUUAUCGCUCAGCCGUGGGGGAAGCAAGAGGACGAUUGAAGCGUAAAAACAACAACAAUCACAACAACAACAAAAAAAGGAACUCGAGCGUCGUCUGUCCUCCAAUUUCUUCUUCCUCCUCGUAAGUGUUUUUGAAGAGUAGAAUGGCGAGUCCGCCGAGCGACGCCGGACCUCCACUACCGGCCGCCGGCGUGAAGAAGUGCGGCUACCUGAGGAAGCACAAACACGGACACAAGCGAUUCUUCGUGCUCAGGGAGCCCGGCGAGGGCUGCCCUGCCCGGCUGGAGUACUACGAGAGCGAGAAGAAAUGGAGGAACAAGUCUACCGCCAAGCGGGUCAUCCCGCUGGACUGCUGCCUGAACGUCAGCAAGCGAGCGGACGCCAAACACAAAUAUCUCAUCGCGCUGUACACCAAGGACGAGUACUUUGCCGUGGCCGCUGACAGCGAGGGCGAGCAGGAGGGGUGGUACCGGGUGCUGACGGAUUUAAUCGCGGAGGGGAGAGUGUUCGACGGGUCGGCUUCCAACUCUGCGUCCUCGCUGGUGGGCUUCGACGAGGCGAGCUACGGCGUGAUCACGCCGGUCAGCGCCGCCUACAAGGAGGUAUGGCAGGUCAAUAUGAAGUCCAAAGGCUUGGGGCAGAGCAGGAAUUUAACCGGCGUCUACAGACUCUGCUUAUCCAGUCGGACUAUCAGUUUUGUGAAACUCAACACGGAGGUGGCCUCGGUCAUUUUGCAGCUGAUGAACAUCCGGAGGUGCGGCCACUCUGACAGCUUCUUCUUCAUCGAGGUGGGUCGUUCUGCAGCCACCGGACCCGGUGAGCUUUGGAUGCAAGCCGAUGAUUCUGUCGUGGCGCAGAACAUCCACGAAACCAUCCUGGAAGCGAUGAAAGCGAUGAAGGAGCUCUCUGAAUUCCGCCCCCGCAGCAAAAGCCAAUCGUCGGGCACCAACCCCAUCUCUGUGCCCACUAGGCGGCACCUGAACCACCUUCCCCCCAGCCAGACCGGCCUUCUCCGGAGGUCACGCACUGACAGCAUGGCUACAAACUCACCUGUGGGUAAAUUCUCCUCCUGUCGGAUACGCACGGCCAGCGAGGGAGACGGCACCAUGACACGCCCUAUGUCGGUGAAUGGGAGCCCCCUCAGCCCGGGGGUCCACCGCACCCUCCUGAGCAGGUCUCACACCAUCACGGCACGCCCCUGUCGGACGUUCGAAUCCUCCUCCCUGCAACACAGUAAGUCCAUGUCUAUGCCUCUGUCUCAUUCCCCGCCCAUGGCCGCCCCCAGUCUUGCGAGUCUGUCCUCGUGUCCAGAUAGCAGCGCUCCUCGUCCCUCCAGCUGUAGUGCCUCCUUUUCGGGCUCCCCGAGUGACGCUGGUUUCAUAUCAUGUGAGGAGUACGGCACGAGCCCCGCGGAUUCCCGCGACCUCCGGCUGCCUCUGACGUACGGUAGCAACACCCCGGAGUCACUCAGAGCAGAUACCCCCCCGUCCCGCGACGGCAGCAGGCUCGAUGGCUAUAUGGUGAUGGAACAACAGAACCAGAACGGCUAUCGGUGGUUCCCAGAGUUGGACAAGGCUUAUCGAAAGCGCACAUACUCUCUGACCACCCCCCGCCAGCAGAGGUGUCUCCCUCAGGUGUCUUCGGCCUCCCUCGACGAGUACACGUUAAUGAGGGCCACUUACACCAGUGGAAGCCAGUCUUCUCGCAGAUGUCUCACAGCCUCUCCGAAAGGAACCUUUCAAGAUGAGUACAGGGAGGUCCGACUGGGAUCAAACUGUCUCCAGGGCGACAGUGGUUACAUGCCUAUGAUGCCAGGCGUGGCACCCCAUACGUCAGGAGCUAAGAAUGACCCCUACAUGCCUAUGAGCCCCAUGUGUGUCUCUGCUCCGAAACAGAUCAUCAACCCCCGAUCGCACCCCUCCUCUGCGGCAGGGCUGGCCCCGCACACGGAGUCCCCGGGCAGUAUUUCCCUUGAAGACAACGGCUACAUGCGCAUGUGGUGCGGAAUCAAAAUGUCAAUGGAGAGCACUGACGGAAAGCUCACCAAUGGAGAGUACCUGAACAUGUCUCCUGGAGACCAUAUCCUGAGUUCUUCCGGAGGAGAGAAACAACACAGACAGCCUUAUUCUCUGCCACAUUCAAUUAAGGGCCAGUCGCAGCGCAGCGGGUCCACUGACACAGACCAAUAUGUGGUUAUGUGUUUACAGAGGCAGCGUAUCGAAGAGGAGUCUAACUACUGUCCCGUGUCUUUGGGAGACUCUGUGACACCGGGCGCAACUUCAUCUACCCCCCCUCCUCUCAGGGGGGCUCGGAGUGACGGUGGUCUGGUGCACAGGAGUAGGGCAUGCCGACCCACCCGCCUGGCUCUAGAUUCUCUCAGAACCUUACCAUGUAUGAGCGAACACCCGCUCCCCUCCGAGCCGCGCAGCCCGGGGGAGUAUAUUAACAUCGACUUCAGCGGCGCUUCCAGUGACGCGGUGGCAUCCGUUGAAGGCUCAAAAUGCCCAGACGAGGUAUCUUCACCGCUCUCGGACUAUGUUAAUGUGGACCUUGCCUCGCCGAAGAGUGUGGUUUCUCCCCCUGGGGGAAUUUUGCACCAGGAGGAGGAGAGCAAAGUCGUAGAGGGUCCGGCAGAGGUGAGAGGGGUGGUGGUGGAUGAAUAUCCUCUCCAGCAUCAUGUGAGUCUGGCGUGUCAGCCAGCGGCAGUCAAGGAUGACUACACCGAGAUGACGUUUUGUCCGCUCUGUGCCACCGAUGAUGCCCCCCUGCCUACCAGCCCCAGCGCCUGCGUCCAUAGACUGAGUCUUGAGAGCAGCCUUGUCGCGGACGGAGUACCGGCGGCGCCAGUGGAUUCUUUUCUUCUCGGGGGACCGUCGCUGAAUGUGCCCCUUGCAGAUCCUCAUAGGGGGGCCAAAGUCAUUCGUGCCGACCCUCAGGGACGCCGGCGACACAGCUCCGAGACCUUCUCUUCUACCACUACUGUCACGCCCGUGUGCCCAUCCUUUGCCCACGACACCAAACGCCACAGUUCGGCUUCGGUGGAGAACGUGUCGCAUGGCGUGCGGGGCUCGGAGGGACCCGAUGAGGACUAUAGCAGCAGCACCCCGAUGAGCAGGGAGACGUCUGCGGGCUAUCAGAACGGACUCAACUACAUUGCCUUGAACUUGAUGGAGGGGGCUCUCGGUGGAUGCCGGUUAGGGGGCUGCGAUGGACUGCUGAGAUUCAAAACUGCCUGCGGAUGCAAGGGUGGUAUGAAUGGCUUCAACUCCAGCCCCUAUGCCAGCCUUGGAUUCAAGGAGACGACUGCCGCUGCUGUGAAAGAAUGAAGGCCACUGGCUCAGUCACCCCCCCCCCAUCCCCCCCACUUUCCUCUCCUGGUUGUCAGGUUGGUUCGCCGCCUGCGUGUGAUGACGUCGCCUCGGCAACAGCUGGAGCGUGGGCUACCGUCCACGUCCUUUGACCCCCCGCCGCCAUCUCAGAGAGGUCACGGAGGCAGCAGUCGCCACGGCAGUACGGACACUUGACCUUUCACCCCAAAUCUUCCCUCGGCACCAAAACGAUGAGACGCCAUCCAUUGAAGCUGCUGGACUAGAUAACAAAAAAAAAAAAAACCCCAAAAACUCUCGUACCAACUAUUAACUCUUGGUAACUAUUUUAUUUAUCUGCAAAAUGACUACACGAGUUAUUCUAUCAUGUCGAAUAUAGAUUAUUUUGGUUACCCUUAAGAAUAGAGUUUGAACGGGUUGCCUGACCUGAGAAGACACCAAACCAAACCUGGAGCUCACAUGCAAAAAAACAAACAAACAAAAAAACAAAACCCGAAUGCAUUGCUUAUAUUUAUUUAUUUAACACGGAUGUAUUCAUUUGGUAAAACAUUUUCCAAAUGUGUGAAUUCCCAUGAAUAAUAAAAGUGGCAUUUCGGUACAUAUUAAAAACAAAAAAGUUUGCUUAAAAAAACCUACCUCAACAAAACAAACAAUAAAACAGGUUGGUUAACACCCCCCCCCACCCAUAGUUGAUAUGAACAUAUAUAAAAAUAUUUAUUUUUUAAAACUUUUUUUUUUAAAGGAAUCGCCAAUCCAAAGCCUUACUCUCGCCCCCGAUGGGCUGUUUCGUCUGGACCUAAUGACCCUUCACAACUGAACCGAUCCGCAAAGAAUGAGCCACUCUGAGAUUUCCACGGUACAUUUACGACAAGAUGAUGUAUGAAAUAUUUCUUACAGUAUAUUUAUUCACCCGGCGGGUGGGUUGCAGGAGGGAGAGAUUUUCUAUCCUCGCUUUAUUCUUUUUUUUAUUUGAAGAAGCGAUGAUGUCACGCUCAAACACCGCAGCAUGACCCAGGUACACCCCGUGGCCUGUCUGAGCCAAAGUCUCAGCACCUCCAAACACUUAUGGACCUGUUCACCUGUAAUCCCCUGCACACCCGCCCAAAGCCGCCUGCAGGAACUCAUGACAUCAUGGAAUGUUUGAAGUUCUUUGUCUUAACUAGGGAUGGGCAUAGUGGUAGGAUUUGGCCGAUUGUGAGGAAAUGAUCGUUGCUCCAAAGUGUUUUUGUACCAAUCGAGUCAAAAUCACUCGAUUUUGACUCGCUAUUUAGCUGCGGCCAGCAGAGACGCUUUUGAUUCAAUCUGCGUUCGUUUGCGGUCUGAAGACAGCGUCAGCUAAGCCCGACGUCUCAUUCCCCUCGGCAACAUUGUUGUGUUCAUUAAGAAUCUGCGAUGGAAAUAGGAGUUCAGAACACCCACAGAGAAGUUUUGCUAUCUCGGUAGAAAUGAAGACAAAAAAUGAAAAUUUGUCAGGCAAAAGUUCUAAAACGGAAGGACUGCAGUUCACACACAAAAAAAGCCCAUCAGAUGUUUUUGGUUUUUUUUGGCCGUAAAUACGUAUUUUCUUGUCAUAAUAUUAUGACUUUAUUGACGUAAAAUCUUUUUUUAUUAAAUACACUUUUUUUUGCUUAUGUUACAAUUUUAUACAUCGAAUAAUUUCACUUUUUCUCUCUUAAAAAAAUUUGAGACUUUCUCAUAAAUGUAUUUUUUAAGACUAUUAAGGCUUUCAUAUUUGUAGGUUUUUUGGGGGGAAUAUUGUCUCUCAUGAUAUGCCCAACAGAACAACUUUAUUUUUUGUAAAACAAUAGCUUUGUUUUUUUUUUUUAAGAUUAUAUUCAUUUUU